AUGCCCCCCAAGUCUCUUUCCAAUCUCUCCCUGACCCCGGGCGCGCCCCCAGGCAGUUUCCUUCCCGAGGUGUCGGGAGGGGCUUCCCCGCCUGCCCCGGACGCGGCCACCGCCCAGCUGGUGGUCCGCUGUGUGGUCCCGUCCCUCUACCUGCUCAUCAUCGCGGUGGGCUUGCUGGGCAACGCCGUCCUGGUGAAGACCUUCGUCGCCAAUGGCGCCCUGCGGAGCGUCCCCAACCUCUUCAUCUCCAACCUGGCGGCCGGGGACUUGCUGCUGCUGCUCACCUGCGUCCCCGUGGACGCCUCGCGCUACUUCUUCGACGAAUGGGUGUUCGGUGAGGUGGGCUGCAAACUCAUUCCGGUCAUCCAGCUCACCUCCGUGGGGGUUUCCGUGUUCACGCUCACUGCCCUCAGCGCCGACAGGUAUAGAGCCAUUGUAAACCCCAUGGACAUACAGACACCAGGGGCGGUGCUGUGGACCUGUGUGAAGGCUGUGGGCAUCUGGGUGGUCUCCGUGCUAUUGGCAAUUCCCGAAGCUGUGUUUUCAGAAGUGGCACGCAUUGGUAGCUUGGACAACAGCAGCUUCACAGCGUGUAUUCCCUACCCACAGACAGAUGAAUUACAUCCCAAGAUUCAUUCAGUGCUGAUUUUCUUGGUCUAUUUCCUCAUACCACUUGCUGUUAUUAGCAUUUAUUAUUAUCAUAUUGCAAAGACCUUAAUUAAAAGUGCACAUAAUCUUCCUGGAGAAUACAAUGAACAUACAAAAAAACAGAUGGAAACACGGAAACGCCUGGCUAAAAUUGUGCUGGUCUUUGUGGGCUGCUUUGUAUUCUGUUGGUUUCCAAAUCACAUCCUCUACAUGUAUCGGUCUUUCAACUAUAAGGAGAUUGACCCAUCUCUAGGCCACAUGAUUGUCACCUUAGUUGCUCGGGUUCUGAGUUUUUGCAAUUCUUGUGUCAAUCCCUUUGCUCUUUACCUACUCAGUGAAAGCUUCAGGAGGCAUUUCAACAGCCAGCUCUGUUGCUGGAGGAAGUCCUAUCAAGAAAGAUCAACCAGCUACCUCCUCAGCUCCUCAGCGAUGCGUAUGACAUCUCUGAAAAGCAAUGCGAAGAACGUGAUGGCCAAUUCUGUUUUGCUAAAUGGGCACAGUAUGAAGCAAGAAAUGGCACUUUGAUUUUGGCCCUUCAACUCACUACCUGGAGAGAACUU